AUGGGCGAAGCUUCUGACAGAUUUUGCUAUGUUUACAGUUGUGAUUUGGAUGUCAAUAUUGAAAUCAAGAUUGGAACUCUUGAAGGUCAGAGAGACAGACCAAACUAUAAAGAAUUGUUAGAAGAUCCCAUGUUGAAAUUCUCAGGAGCUUAUCAAGAUUCUUGUUCUGAUUUAUUUGUUACUUGUCAGAUUUAUGCUGAUGGGAGACCACUCUCACUACCAGUAUCAACUUCAUACAAAGCUUUUAGUACACGAUGGAAUUGGAAUGAAUGGGUUAGACUUCCAGUCAAAUACAGUGAUUUACCAAGAACUGCUGUCCUGGCUCUUACAAUAUGGGAUAUUUAUGGUACCAACAAAUAUAUUCCUGUUGGUGGAACAACCAUGAAUCUGUUUGGUAAAAGAGGGACCUUUGCUCAAGGCAUGCAUGAUUUACGAGUUUGGCCAAAAGUUAAAGCUGAUCCUUCAAGAGUAACAACUACACCUGGUAAAGUUAAAGAUCCUGCUGACCAAAUGAGUCGUCUAGCUAAGCUAAGUAAGAAACAUCGAGAUGGUCACAUGGUUAAGGUUGAUUGGUUAGAUAGGCUAACGUUCCGUGAGAUUGAGAUGAUCAAUGAGAAACAGAAGAGAGACAGUAAUUUUAUGUAUUUGAUGAUUGAAUUUCAACACAUUCAUUACGAAGGAACAGAGUUUACAGUUAUAUACUUUGAAAAGGAUGGUGAUAAACCAUUUGAAUUUAGAACACAAGCUGAUAUAGUAACAGUACCAGAUCCUGAAAUAUUACUAGAGAAUUUGGUAGAAAGUAAACAUCACAAGUUAGCUCGUAGUUUACGAAGUGGGCCAACAGAUAGAGAUAUGAAACCGGAUGCUAAAACUAGAGAUCAUCUUAAUAAUAUAGUGGCGUAUCCACCAACUAAACAGUUAACUUCAGAAGAAGAGGAUUUGGUGUGGAAAUUUAGAUUUUAUCUUUCAACACAAAAUAAGGCUUUAACUAAAUUUUUAAAAUGUGUCAACUGGAGUUUACAACAAGAGGCGAAACAAGCUUUAGAAUUAUUAAAUAGAUGGUCACCUAUGGAUGUUGAUGAUGCUUUAGAAUUACUAGGACCAGCUUUCACUCAUCCUGCUGUGAGAAAAUAUGCAGUCAUGAGACUGAGACAAGCUGAUGAUGAGGAUUUGUUACUGUACCUAUUACAAUUAGUUCAAGCAUUGAAAUAUGAAAAUUUUGAUGAAAUUAAACAAGGUUAUGAUUCGGUAUCAAUGGAAACCUCACCAGGUCCACCUUCACCAGAAACACCAGCUACACCAGAACGAGACAGGACAUCAUCCCAAGAUUCUAUAUUAGAGGCUUUAAGUAGUGAAAUAGAUCGCGAUGGUACACCAGAAAAAACACUGGAGGAUGAGGUCUCAACAUUUCUAAUAUCCAGAUCUUGUAAUAAUUUUGUGGUUGCUAAUUAUUUUUAUUGGUAUUUAAAAGUAGAAUGUGAAGAUCAGACUACUGCAGCUAAAGAAGAUGUGAAGAUAAAAGAUAUGUACUUAACAGUAUUAAAAAGAUUCAGUCAAGCUUUAUCUAAGCGCAACUCUGAUUCAAAAGCUAAAAGAUCAAUGUUAGCUAGUCAACAGUUAUUUAUAGAUAAACUAGUAAAACUAGUGAAAAUAGUCACUAGAGAAAGUGGUAACAGAAAGAAAAAAAUUGAAAGAUUACAAGCUUUAUUACAAGAUGUAGAUGUAUGUAGAAUUAAUUUUGCUGAAUUUGAUGUUUUACCCUUACCUCUAGAUCCUAAUGUUAAAGUAACUGGUAUCAUUCCUGAAUCAGCCACGUUAUUUAAGAGUGCAUUGAUGCCAUGUAGAUUAACAUUCCGUACCACUGAGGGAACUGAUUUUGUUACUAUAUUUAAACAUGGAGAUGAUUUAAGACAAGAUCAAUUAGUCUUACAGAGUAUACAGUUAAUGGAUAAGCUAUUACGAAAAGAAAAUUUAGAUUUGAAAAUGUCACCAUAUAAAGUAUUAGCAACUAGCAGUAAUCAUGGUUUUGUACAAUUUGUGGAGUCCUCAGCUGUAGCAGAAGUCCUGUAUAAAGAUGGCAGUAUCCAGAACUUCUUCAGAAAACAUAAUCCAAGUGAGAAUGGUCCCUAUGGUAUAGCACAUGAAGUUAUGGAUAAUUAUGUUAAAAGCUGUGCUGGAUAUUGUGUAGUAACAUAUGUAUUAGGUGUUGGUGACAGACAUUUAGAUAAUCUUCUAUUAUCCACUAGUGGAAAAUUAUUCCAUAUAGAUUUUGGAUACAUAUUAGGUCGUGACCCUAAACCAUUGCCUCCACCAAUGAAACUUAGUAAAGAAAUGGUAGAAGGAAUGGGUGGACCAAAUUCAAAAGAUUUUCAUGAUUUUAAGAAACAUUGUUAUACAGCUUUCCUUGCUCUAAGAAGAUCAGCAAAUUUAAUAAUGAAUUUAUUUUCUCUGAUGGUAAAUGCCAAUAUUCCUGAUAUUGCGUUAGAGCCUGAUAAGACAGUUAAAAAGGUUCAAGAAAAGUUUGUAUUACAUUAUACAGAUGAAGAGGCUGUACAAUAUAUACAAAGUUUAAUAGAUGUCAGUACAUCUGCUAUGAUGCCAGCACUUGUGGAACAAUUACACAAAAUGGCACAGUACUGGAGGAAAUAAUAUAAGAUGACUUUAAAAUGAUCAACAUUCCUUCCCAAUAUUUGUACUUCCAUAAUUUGUUUAAAACUUUCAUCUAGAUUUAAGAUUGAUUAUAUUGUAGUUUAUAUUUUCAUCUAUUUCAAAGAGCUCAUUUUGUUGCUGAAAGAAAUCUAAAAUGACAGCUGAAUAAGUAAUUGCAGUCUAACAAGUAUCAAUAAGUGCAGUCUAUCAAGUAUCAAUAAGUGCAGUCUAUCAAGUAUCAAUAUGUGCAGUCUAACCAGUAUCAAUAAGUGCAGUCUAUCAAGUAUCAAUAUGUGCAGUCUAUCAAGUAUCAUUAUGUACAGUCCGACAAGUUUCAAUAUGUGCAGUCUGACAAGUAUCAUUAUGUGAAGUCUGACAAGUAUCAAUAUGUGCAGUCCAACAAGUAUCGAUAUGUGCAGUCCACAAUUUAAGUAUCAAUAUGGGCAGUCCGACAAGUAUCAAUAUGUGCAAUAUGAAAUCAUAAUAUAUUUAUAUUGAAGAUUAUUAGAUUGUAUAUUAAUGUUAUUUGUUACAUUAAUGAAUAAAUGAAUAAAUGGAUUGAUUAUCA